UUAAAAUCACACCACAAUUAAUUAAUCAGUACAAUGGGACGAAAUUUGAUUCUUACCAUUGCCAUGUGGCAGCUGGUCUGUCUAAUAACCUCCCCUCCGUCGUCCCGCCGGAACACGUUCGCCGCCGCAGCUGGUGGUGGGAAGUGGGACCUUCUGUUGCCCAACGUCGGCAUUGCCGCCAUGCACAUGCAACUCCUCCACAACGACAAGGUUGUCAUCCUCGACCGCACCGACUUCGGCCUCUCCAACAUCUCCCUCCCCGCCGGCAAGUGCCGCCAAGACGUCAAUGAUCUUGUCGUCAAAGUCGACUGCACCGCCCACUCCGUCGAGUAUGACGUCGCCGACAACUCCGUUCGUCCACUCAUGGUCCAGACCGACGUCUGGUGCUCGUCCGCCGCCGUCAUGCCGGACGGGACCCUCGUCCAGACCGGCGGGUGGAACGACGGGGACCAUGUCGUCCGGGUCUUCACCCCGUGCAAUGACAAAAAGUGCGACUGGGUGGAGUACCCGGACGCACUGCACCAGUGGCGGUGGUACGCCACCAACCAUAUCCUACCGGACGGCCGCCAGAUCAUCAUUGGCGGCCGCGAGCAGUUCAACUACGAGUAUCACCCAAAGAUCCCGGGAGGCGACCUUCUUUACGAUCUCCCGUUCUUAGCAGACACAAAUGACCCCGGGGUCGAGAACAAUUUGUACCCGUUCGUGUUCCUAAACGUGGACGGACAUUUGUUCAUCUUCGCCAACAACAGAGCAAUUCUGUACGAUUACGUCAAGCGUGUUGUGGUGAGGUUGUACCCUGAAAUGCCAGAUGGUCAACCGAGGUGCUAUCCGAGCACGGGAUCUGCAGUUCUUCUACCACUGAAGAACUUGGGAGGUCCCGUGCUAGAAGCCGAGGUUUUGGUUUGUGGCGGAGCACCGAAAGGCGCUUUUCCGGCUUCCGAGCGUGGCAACUUCAUGGGUGCUUUGAAUAACUGCGGGAGGAUGACGAUUACCGACCCGGACCCGAAAUGGGCCAUGGAGAACAUGCCGUUUCCUCGGCUCAUGGGUGACAUGAUCACCCUCCCGAACGGGCAGGUCCUGAUCAUUAACGGGGCAGCCCGGGGCUCUGCCGGGUACAACGAUGCGAGGAAUCCGGUACUGAGACCGGUUAUCUACCACCCCGAGAACCCGGUCGGGGCCCGAUUCGAAGUCGAGAACCCGAGCGGGAUCCCGAGGAUGUACCACUCAUCGGCGAUAUUGCUCCGAGACGGUCGAGUUCUCGUCGGGGGCAGUAACCCACACCCGAACUACGUGUUCGACGAUGUCCUGUUCCCGACAGAGUUGAGACUCGAAGCAUACUCACCGCCGUAUCUGGACCCGACGUCCGCGGAGUUGCGCCCGCACAUCACGUUCCCCGGUCUGCAUUCGAAAAUCGGUUAUGGUCAAGAAAUAGUGGUCGAAUUCACGGUGGGCCCCGGAUUCGACGGGGACUCGGUGACGGUAACGAUGGUUGCGCCAUCGUUUUCGACUCACUCCUUUUCCCAACACCAAAGAUUGUUGGUGCUCGGGGGCGGGGGCGUGAAACCCGGGCCCGGAGUAAACACGUACCAAAUUAGCGUGGCGACACCGGGUUCGGGUAACCUGGCCCCGGCCGGAUAUUACAUGCUUUUCGUGGUCCAUCAAGGUAUACCCAGCGAAGGUAUUUGGGUGAAUAUUCAGUAAUUGAACGAACAUAUAUACCAGUUCUAAGUUUAUACAGUAAUAGUACGAAUAAUUCGAUCAUUAUUACAAGAUCAUUACUUAGAAACUUAAAUGUUCUCCAACUUUUAUGGUACCAUAUGUGACCUAACCAUAAAAUGUAUAGUAAACACUUCUUUUAUCAUGUGUGUAUGCAGAAGCUAAGCAAGAUGAAAACGACAUUGUAUAUAUACAGCUAGCUUAAUUAAUCAUUUGGAGUAUUGUAUUAACAAUUUCUUUGCCUAAAAACUUUAAAUCUAUCGCGCUAAUCCUUAUCUU